GGCGACGACAUUAAUAAUCCCAAUAAAACUUAAUACGUAUAGUAUACGUAUCCUAUGCAACGGUCUCGGCGAAGCGAGUGAAGCAAACGAGCGAAGAUCACGGCGUCGGAGCGUACUCUACGCUCGCUGUUACUCUCCCGUUCCCCUUCCCCGCUCUCGAAGGAGAGAGAGAGAGAGAGAGAGAGAGCGAGAGAGAGAGAGAUGCAGUGGUACUUCGUCGCCGCGCUCCUCACGCUCCUCACCAGUUCCCAGGGAAUUUUAACUACCCUUUCACAAAGCAAUGGUGGAUACAAAUAUGAUUAUGCAACGAUUCCCUUUCUUGCGGAAAUCUUUAAGCUUUUGGUAUCCAGUUUCUACCUUUGGAAGGAUUCUCGCUCAUCAUCUCCUCCUAGGAUGACUAAAGAAUGGAAAAGCAUGCGCUUAUUUCCAAUUCCUUCGAUCAUAUAUCUUGUCCACAAUAAUGUUCAGUUUGCUACUUUAACCUAUGUUGAUCCAUCAACAUACCAGAUAAUGGGCAAUCUGAAAAUUGUCACAACUGGCAUUUUAUUCAGGCUGUUUCUAAGAAGGAAGUUGUCAAACCUACAAUGGAUGGCGAUUGUUUUGUUAGCUGUUGGGACAACUACAAGCCAGGUGAAAGGGUGUGGGGAAAAAUCGUGUGACUCGCUCUUUUCUGCACCUAUCCAAGGUUAUAUGCUGGGGAUAUUGUCUGCUUGUUUUUCAGCGCUAGCUGGUGUCUACACCGAAUACCUAAUGAAAAAGAAUAAUGAUAGCUUAUUCUGGCAGAAUGUACAAUUAUAUACGUUUGGUGCAAUUUUUAAUAUGGCAUGGCUUAUACUAGGCGAUUUUAAAGCUGGAUUUGAGAGGGGACCUUGGUGGCAGCGACUGUUUGAUGGUUAUACUGUGACAACAUGGUUGGUGGUUUUCAAUUUGGGAUCUACUGGGCUACUAGUAUCAUGGUUGAUGAAAUAUGCAGACAAUAUCGUGAAAGUGUAUUCUACUUCCAUGGCCAUGUUGCUUACGAUGGUCUUAUCUAUAUUCUUAUUCAACCUGAGGCCUACUAUUCAGCUCUUCUUGGGCAUUAUUAUCUGCAUGAUUUCUUUGCACAUGUAUUUCGCUCCUCCACAUCUGCUCAUGGACUUGCCAGUCACAUCGAAGCCGCCACCUAGCUCCUUAACUGAUGCAUCGAUGAGACGAGCGGUGAAUUCUUGAUCUAUUCCCUAUCGUCGGUUGGCUAAAUUAGUUCGCGCAUCUAUUUGUCUCGCAAUUGAGCUGAACUUUCAAGAUGAACCGUCUUCUCUAGUUGAGAAGUUUAAAACACACAGAUUUUAUAGCUUACGAUCGAAAGAUUCCACAAAGAUUGCAUUUGCGGACGAAGUGGAGGUGACAGGUGCAAUCCACGCAGAAGCUGUUUUCGAAACUGUGCGUCGUGCUCGCUGCCUCAAGAUAAACUGAUUGAGGUGAACAUAGACUAAAUUUCAAGGGUUAUGUGAGAAAUUUUGAUCCAGCUAAAUUCACCUUCUAAAUGCUAGCUUCCAAGUACUUUAUCACAAUGUAGGCAUAUUAUUUUAUAAUUCAUUAUUUCUUAUCAUUAGUUUCA